GCUGUUCUCAGGUUCUCAAGCGGUUUAUUUAGGAUCUGUACGUAUAUUUAUAGAUUGCAUAUUAUUAUUAUUAUUAUCACAAAGUGUCGCUGUCGGAUCGUAAACAGUCAAAACAACUCGCAAUGAACGGAAAUAGUGUGUGAUAUCUUUUUUGUGUUUUCGUGCGUCAAAUCCGUGAAUCAGCAAUACAAAAUUAUAUAUUAUAUAAAAAUGCGAUGACAAAAAACGUGGAAAAACCUAACCUCCAAAAUGUGAAAAUCUACAAUAAAGUGAUUACGGAAAUUCCGAAAAAUGAAGAAAGCCCAUUAAAAAUCAGAAAUUUAAUGAGGAAGAAGAUUGUGGAGGCAAAUUAAAAUGCACAACAUAACCUCUUUAUGACUCCGAAUGUGUUCGAGUUUUGGAGAUAUUGGACCGAAUAAAUUCCAAUUUUGGAUACAAAUAUUUAUGUGUUUUUUAACAGUGAAAUAAGGUUGUGAAUAUUAAGAAAAUAAUACAAAAAAUCGUAGAUUUAACUAUUGUUUACGGGAAAGAAACAAAAUGACAGGUUUCUUUGCAGUAAUUGUCUGUUUUUUUGUUAUCUAUUGUAUAUUUACGUGGGUAAUCCCAAGACUUUUGGCAUGGCACGUAAAAAGUCGAUAUAAAAUAAAUCUUCGUGUCGGGCAUAUUACGUUGCCUUAUUUUAUUCUGAGGGAUGUAAAUAUUACCAAAAAUGGAUUCACAGUGCAAAUCGAAGAGAUAAGUAUUCGCUCUAGUUUAUUCAGCAGCGAUGUGGCUAAAUUGCUUGCGGUUGUGAUGCGAGACGUGCGAAUAAACAAAGAUGUUCCUGCAAUAUCGCAUUGUCAGAAAAAUAAACAAUCCAACCAAACCUUGGAUUUCAGGAACAAAAAGAUUCCGCCGAUUAUCAUUACAUUCGUCCAGUUUAUGGCUGUGAAUAUUGAAAACUUGAGUCUCCUAAUUCUCGGAAAUGGUUGGCUGGCCAACGGAAGUGCAGAAAAUCUCAGCCUCGAUGGCAGCAUCGUGCAUGGAGCAAGAACUUUGUUAGCUUCUGCAACAGUCGCCGGUGGAUCUAUGAAAUUAUUAAGACACGCCUCGGACGCCUGUCUGGCUCAAAUUAGUUUUGCCGGAAGCAUUGAAGCCACUCUUAAAGCUCAGGGCGAGCUUUCAGUUGAAAAAUUGUAUAUUGGAGUGACGCAGACCGAGGGUUCCGGAGGAGCUGGACUCCUUCGGUUCCUGAGGGACAGAAAAUCGUUGACACCCCCUGCACCGCACUCUAUUUCACACGAGCAAUCGACUGGCGAUUUAUUAGCCAGAAUAGCUCCGAUUUUACCAAAGAAUCUGGCUUUGAAGCUGGGAAGUUCCUCGAUAAUUGCAGGACGAGAAGACGGAAUGAUUUCAGGAUUGGAAUGCACAAUGAGAGGUUUGCAGGUUAAUUCUCGAUUUCAACCUGACAAGCCACAACUGCAUAUUGCUCUGAAUUUAGAUGGAUUAUCUCUCAGAGGACAACUUCCAAUUUUAUCUCUUCGAAGGCUUUCGAUUGAGUCGAAAAUGGAGGAGGACGUUUUGGGAAUUAUGACUCAAUUAAAUUCCCUCGCAGUCACUUAUGAUCACAAAGACUGGGAGCAAAUUUUAUCGAGUAGUGCCAAAGAUAUUCCUAAACCGGAUGUCGCGAUUUCCUCGAAGAAAAAAUUCCCCUGGAUCGAAUUAAGAACCGUCACGGAAUUGAGAGAAGGAUCGCUCGUCGUUAAACUUCCCGAUGUUCAAGAAGCCUCUUGCAGCGUCUCACUCGUCAAAUUCUCCGUGAACAGUCUCUUCAGCGAAAAAAAAGUCAACGAAUGGAACACAGAGCUGAUGAUUGAAUCGUUGUGCUGUGGACUAAAUGGCGCCGACACCAGUAUUCCUGAAACAGUUCACCGAUGGGGAAAUCCUCUCUCGGUGGGAGUUUUUCUCGCGACGACGAGCACAAAUGGAGUUGGAAUUGUUCUCGAUGCUCUCAGAUUAGAGUGGAGCUUGGAACUCGCCAAAUUUCUACAAAAGGGAUUCACGUAUUAUAAUCAGCACCGAAAGCCUUUACAGAAAGAAGAAUCCCAAAAAGUUCUGCAGCUAAAUAUCAAAGUUUCGAAUUGCAACCUCUUCUUCAUAGCAGAAAAUGAACAAUCGAUAAUGGUGCGUCUCGACUCGGCAAAUCUCGAACACAGCUCAAGCAGAUUUGUUGGAGUCGCUGAAGGAGUUUGUGCAAUAACUUUGAAUAAAAGCGACCCGAUAAUUUGCGAGCACGCCCAAGCCCAAAACCAGCCGUUUCUAGCUGCGCGAAAAUGCAAAGCGGCAAUCACAUCCGAGAGCAUCAGUGUCAGUCUCGACGGCACAAAUCUCGCCUGGAGUCCCAAUUUGCAUCUGCGAUUGCGACAAUUGUGGCUCGAAUCUGCCAAUUUCCGAUCAAUCGUUUCCCGGAAAUCGAUAGCUCCUGUCGGCAAAGCAACACCGGAAGUGAAGCGAACUCUCGAUCUUUUGGCAAUUGGCGGAAUCUCUCUUUCGAUAGACAUCUCGCCGAGGCAUUUUCUCGAAUUGAGUUCGGAUCAUUUGCGCUGGUCGCAGGGAGAGUGGCGACUCAAUUAUUUGAGAGCCGCUCUCGACAUGGCGGAAAUUGUAACAAUUGAGGGUUUGCAGUUGGUGAGACUGGAGGACAAUGCGGAAGUGCGACUUGAGAGGCAGAAUAAUGAGGGUUUUGAGCUUGAGUGGAACGAAACUUGGACGCUGAAUAUCGAAUCGGCCAAGGCGAGGUUUCCGUAUGAACAUCAGUUCACGGAUGCGAUUCAGAAUGAACUGUUCAGCAUCCGGAAGUGGCUGAAGGAACUGCAUUCGUCGGGGAAGUCCGAGGCGAAAGGGCUGCCUUGCGAUUUGGUUAUCAAGAUAAAAGAAUGGGUCUUUGAAGUGAGCGAUGAUCCCUUCGAAGUUCGCCUUCGCGACAACUACGAGCUACUCGAGGACGAGUACAAAGAAAGCCUUAAACGCCAAGCAAUGCUUGAUACGAAGGUCCAGGAACUCUGCAGAACGCACCUACUCCUACCCCAGGGAAAAGUCGAGGAGCUCUACGCCAGCCUAAACAAGAAGAACGCCGAGAUCUAUGUUCAGCGCUGGAAGCAGAUGCAACGAGCUGGACCAGCAAGAACGCGUCUCUUCGCCUGGACAAUGCAGGACCUAGAAAUCCUCGCCCUAGCUGAUCCCUCCAUCUACGGAACCGAAAAAGCCACAAAAGCCCUCCGCGAUAUGGACAUUGAAACUCCCUGGCCCGAGGAUGGUCUCGAGUUCAGUAUCCUGUGGGUCCGCGGAAUUUCUCUGAAAUGCGCAGAGUGGAAACUGCAUCUCCGCGACUUUCCCCAACCUCUUUUACUAGUCGAGGGUCUCAGUAUCUGGGGAAGACUUGCCGGAGCAGAAGCCGUAGCUCCUCCACGAGCAAGGCGAACAGUCAAUAUCGAGGUCGGUGCUCCCUGGGAAGACAUCCAAGUUGAGAGAGGAAUGACUUCUUUAAAGUACUAUCACGAUCUGAAUUGGGAUAUUCACAAGUAUAGGUAUGCUUUUGGUCCUUGUUGGGAGCCAGUCAUCGCUCAGUGCAACCUCAGCUUCGAGAAGAUUCUUCACCCCUCGAGAGAUCCGAGCCCUCCUCUUCCCUUCUGGGACAAAAUGCGUCUCAUGUUCCACGGAAGAUUGACUCUGUGUGUCAAACAACUCACGGUUCUUCUCCAUGCCUCCCUGGAUCCCUACAACACCACCGAGGAAAUGGAACUGACCUGGUCGGACCUCGAGCUCGACUGGACCAAUGGUAAAAUAGUCGUCAAGGGCGAUCUGCACGUCUACGUCCGCACUGCGAGCAAAUACGACGACUGUCGACUUCUCCAUCUCCCGAAUGUCAAGUUGAGCAUGAAACUCGCCUGGGUGUGUUUGGGAGAUCCAAGGGAUCAUCAUGCAGCGAUUCCUUGUGCGCCUGACAGACUCCCGGAGUACUCGAGUAAUCAGGAACAUGACUCCUUCAGGGCUUUCAGAUCCCAAAACUUGAACGUCAGCUUGUCGCUGGAGACAAAACCAACGGGUUCUCCAAAUUCUACGUCUGCGCCAACGGCUCUGUUGUAUGGAAGCACUCUCAGGUGGUUCGAGAAUCUGAAAUUUAUUUUGUCAGGGGCAACGAGACCAACGAGGAAGGGGGCCUUGUUCAAGAACACGAGGACGAGGAAGAAACAGCUGAGCAGACAUUAUCGAAAAGUUCGGCUGACUUUAGCUUUCCACAGGUUUCACGUGUCUUAUUGGAUGUCCUUUGCAAUGCAGAGAGGCUUCGAAGUCACUGGAGGCAGAGUCGCUUGCAGUUCGGAGCACAACUUGUCUCUUCAUCCAAUCGACGAUGGAUUGAUUCACAGGCCGAGAGCCGAAUGGUCAGUCAUCUACAUGAAUUGCGAACUCAGUGAUGCUGAAAUCUGGCUAAAAUCUGCAUUGCAAGAAGAGGAAGAAAGCGCUUCUUUGCGGCAACCGGUUGAGAAAUGUUACUGUCUGAGUGUCGCAAGGGUCAGUUACGGAAGAGAGGCUAUGGUGGCUGGAGUCAGUGGAGACACUCCGACCCACAGAUUAGUUGUUCACGAUUUAAGGGGCGCCUGGACCUCGACAAAUCGAGACGUCGCAUUUGCGCUCUUCGAUUCUUUCAUCAAAACCCAGCAAUUGAAGAAGAAUCUUUCAACUUCUGGGCUGAAAGGUUUUCACCGUGAGAAGAGCGCAACCCCGAACAAAAACAGAUCAGACAGGAACCAGAUUAAAAAAACACCAACGCAGGUGACACCGUCCCCGGUUACUAAAGCCCAGCAAGGUGAAGCUGCGGGAAUGCUUCAAAGAUUGAUAGCAGAGGCUGCGAACAAACCAGUCGCCUUCAGCGAUGAUUUGUCUGUACAAACUCGAGGGCAACAAUUGAGAGGUCUCGCUGCUUGUCACCAGGACGAUGUGCUCCACAAAAACUGGCUUAUUGCCUUAGUAAACAGUCAGGUUCUCCUGAAAGGGAUAGAAACGAGAGGAUAUGUCAUUUUAUCAGCAGCAAAAGCUGAGAUCCUUCAGAGGAUUCACCGCCCCGUUUGGAAGGAGCGAACUCUGGUUUCCAAAACGACCUGGGUUGGUUCCUUGGAGUGCAUGCAGUAUUAUGCAACUGUUAGUGCGAAUAUUGAUGCGAAUAUCGAUGACAAUAUCAUGUGGUUGACGCUCGACAACAUCCAGGAAAAGGACUCCACCGUGAUCUCGGGGCUUCCGGAUGUCCCGGCGCUUGUGGGCUCCGGGCAGAGUGUUGGAGGCGUCGUGAGUCAAACAGUUGGAGGAGGUGGCGGACUACAUCAUCAGCUUCAGAGGAUCGUCUCUAGGUGUAAAUGCGAGUUCUUUUAUGUUGGAUACGGACAGGCUUUGGAUGCAGGUUUGCUUGAUGAGGUACCUCCAGCUCCGGGUGAAGAAGUGAGUCUCUGGGAAAGAAAGGAACUAUCAGCAGCUGAUGCUUUUACCCUGAUGCAUCAUGACCUCGACGUUUGCACGAACUCCCUCCAGUAUGCGAUGAUUCUAGACAUCGUGAACAAUCUUCUCCUCUAUGUGGAGCCGAGGAGAAAGGAAGCCUUGGAACGACUCCAGAGGAUGAGGUUCCAGCUACAACUUCACUCGGUCGAAGAUCAGAAGCGGCCGAUUCAACAGCUUCAGAACACAGUCAGAGGUUUGGUUUCCAAGCUGAGGAGACUGGAGAGAGAGACUUACCUGGUUCACAAAGCCCUAGCUGACGAGUCGAGCGAUGAUCUUCUGAAGGAGAUGAAGAGACUCGAGCUGAGGGUUUUCGAGUGCAAGGAUCAGUUGACUGUGAGAGCUGAAGAAUUGGAUGUGAUGCUGAGUUGUUACAAGGAGACAAAGACGCCAUCUGCAGCUUCUGCGACUUUGAAAGACAAACCUGCUGCAGUGGCAAGAGCUGCUGAAAUUUGCUUCAAACAUGCCCAGUGGAGAUUGACUGAUGCUGAUGGACAGUUGGGAAUUGCAGAUUUGAUCCUGACCAACUUUUUAUACACGAAGACGAGCAAGACAGAUGACUCAGUGGAGCAUUUGUUGGAAUUGGGAUAUGUCAGGAUGACUAAUUUGCUGCCGAAUCAAAUUUAUACGGAGGUUUUGGUUCCGACGGAAUUGCAGAGCAACAUGCCGGUCGAUAGGCAACGGGCCUUGAGGGUUUUUUGCAGAGAGAAGGCGCCUGUUGCUGGGAUUUCGGUGAAGGAGCACUUUGAGAUUAAUGUUGUGCCUUUGACAAUUGGUUUGACCAAAAAGUUUUUCAAUACAAUGUUGAAAUUCUGUUUCCCUGAAAGGGAUCCAGAUGGAAUUGAAGAACCAACUGCUCCUCAGCGAGAUUCCUCCUUUUAUGUACCAAUGGAGAGGAAGGAUGAUGUGGAUAAAAUGAAAGAGAGAGCUGACAAAAAUAAAUUGUUUAUUUAUAUCAAAAUACCAGAAGUGCCUGUUCGUGUUUCCUAUAAGGGUAACAAAGAAAAGAAUUUGGAAGAUGUGCGAGAUUUCGCGCUAGUAAUUCCCACUCUCGAAUAUCACAAUGUAACCUGGACCUGGUUAGAUCUCCUCCUAGCAAUGAAAAGUGACUCAAGACGAGUGAUUUUGAGCCAGGCAAUCAAACAGAAGUUACAAAUAAAACCAAGAGGUCCCCAAGAAGAAACUACGCCUCAGGAGGAAGAUAAGGCCAGAUUGUUACUCGGCGCAAGACAUCUUCCUGGAGAAUCAAAAAAAAAGGGCGUCUUCAAGUUUAAAUAAGCCACAAAUAAGGUUCAAGGGGAAUCCCCACGAUUUUUAUUUUUUCUCGACAACUUCUUUUGCGUUGUGGACGAAAAUGAAGAGACUCAAUUUUUUACAACGGGUAUUUUUUAUUGUCUCUACACUUAUUUUUAGAACAGCUGGCUGUUUUAUUCUUUCGGCACAGAAUUGGAAACUUUAGGGUUUUUUAUCAGGAAUUUAAUUUAAUCGAGUUCUAAUUUUGGAUUAAAUUGCAACUGUACCAUACUUUUUUGCAACUGUGCAAUCGAUAUUUAUUUAUUAAACCACUUAAUAACUAGUUUAGGCAUACACUUCUUAAUCUUUUUUCACAAUAUUCUGUUACGUCCUGAAGGGACA